CCUGCCUGCAGAUGAUAAUGCUCAAUCGCUUCAGCAAAAGCGCCCCUUUCUUCAUCUGUGUAUUGUUGCAGUCGCCACCAAAACGACUUCUAAAAAGAUGGCUCUUUUCAAAGAAAUCAGGCAUGUGCUAGCACAGGCAAUGCUCCUUGAAGAUGGACGUAACGUGAACAUCGACCUUCUUCUCGGUCUUCUGACAUAUCUAGUUUGGGGCAAUGAGCAGUUGCUCAGCGACAACCCAAAGAGCUUGUCUCGCUUCACUCAAAUGGCAACGACGAUAGUAUUUGAACUUCGCCUCAACAAACCAUCCCAAAGAGAAGUGAACAUGCUUCCGAAAGGCAACCCGGGCGACUCUUCGGCAAGGCAGACCGUCACUGGCCCAACCCUGGAGGACCGCCGGGCGGUCCUAGGGUGCUUUGUUAUGAGCUCAAUUGUGGCUUCCGGCCUAGCGCAUAUUGACGCCAUGCAAUGGACGGCAUAUAUGGAAGAGUGUCUUCGAGUCCUGAGCGAAAAGAAGGAAUGUCCAUCGGAUGAGCUAUUCCUGUGUCAGGUCCGAUGUCAACUACUUUCACAGCGUAUGAUACAGGCUCCACAGCUGCCUGAGGAAGUUGGACAGCCUGAAAGCAGAGUGCCCGCAGCCUUUUACUUGAAGGCGCUUCAGUCGAAUCUGCAGCAGAUCCGGGGCGCUGUCUCCCCUACGCUCCAGGCAGAUGCGAUUCUUGUUUCUGCCAUGUAUCACGCAGAGUUGAGUAUCUGCGACAUGGCUUUGUCUCAGACUACUACGUCAAGCAGCCCUGGUUCUCAUCGACUCGAAUGUCUGUAUGCAUCCCUCAAUACAGCCAAGCUUGCAUUUGACAAUUUCUUCGACGUGCCAAUCUCUGCAUAUUUCGGCAUGUCAUUUCCAGUCUUCGCCCAGUUUGCGCGAAGUAUUGCUGUUCUGUACAAACUCUCCAUCCUCGACGAUCCGAGUUGGGACAUCGGUCUUGUCCGGUCGACCGUUGAUAUCCUCCAGAUCCUGGACCGACUUCUAAACAAUCUGGAGUUGGCGAACCAGCUAAGUUUUGACGGCGCGGAGGAUAGCAUCGCCGCCAGGACCAUCAAGGUCUUUACGUCUGUCCGAGCAUGGUGCAGUGCAAAACUUGGAUCGAGUGGGAAUGCAGCUAAUGACACGAGUCUCCGGCUUACUAGCGAAGCUGGGAUGUCCCAGGACCCCUUCGCUCUGGAGAGUCUAGACGAUGCAUGGUUAGGAGACAUACUAGCUUCGUGGACUGAUUAAGUGUGCGGGCCGGGAAAUUCGACAAGGCUGAACCGGAGUUCAGAGGCAUCCCGACCGAUGGCCCAGCUACGAUCAAAUCAUUCCCAUCCGACCGCAAACCCCUCCGAUUCAGAAGGCUAUAAAGCACUUGGGUGUGCUCCGUGUUUCUUGUUAUCGGCAGAUCCCAUCUGUACAUUCUC